UAGGGUUGGAAGAGUAGAACUCUAUAUAUAUACACAUGUAUAUAAAUAGAGUUCUACUCUUCCAACCCUAGCCUUCCGCCCUUACCUGCGGUAUCUUUACACAACUAUCGACCGAAUCGACGACCUCGCCUCUGGCCUGAGAUGGUGCACGUCUCUUACUAUCGGAAUUAUGGAAAGACAUUCAAAAAGCCACGUCGCCCAUACGAGAAGGAGCGUUUGGAUUCUGAGUUGAAGCUUGUGGGUGAGUAUGGUCUCAGGUGCAAGCGGGAGCUGUGGAGAGUCCAGUAUGCUUUGAGCCGUAUCAGGAAUAAUGCACGGAAGCUUCUUACCCUUGAUGAGAAGGACCCAAAGCGUAUUUUUCAGGGUGAUGCGCUUCUGAAGAGGAUGAAUCAGUAUGGGUUGCUGGAUGAGAGCCAAAACAAGCUUGAUUAUGUGCUUGCCCUCACAGUUGAGAAUUUCCUUGAGCGCCGUCUACAGACUUUAGUUUUCAAGGCUGGCAUGGCCAAGUCAAUCCAUCAUGCUAGGGUUCUCAUUAGGCAGAAGCACAUCCGAGUUGGAAGGCAGGUUGUCAAUGUUCCAUCCUUUAUGGUCAGGGUGGACUCACAGAAACACAUUGAUUUCUCACUGUCUAGUCCCUUUGGUGGUGGUCGUCCAGGAAGAGUGAAGAGAAAGAACCAGAAGGCAGCUGCAAAGAAGGCUGCUGGUGGUGAUGGAGAUGAAGAAGAUGAGGAAUGAGCAUUUCUUAAAUGAAUCUAGAAGCAUGAGGUUUAUGUGCUUGGUUUUUCUUUUCUGUUGUUUACCUCAUUUUGGAUGUUACCUGCCUGCCACCUAUGAUAUCAUUUUCUGAAAAUGAUUUUUGAUACCAUGUGUUUUGCUUUGUAGUAUUUAUAUUUAAUUUUCUUAUUGAAUACUUGAGCAUUUUCUUAAUGUUAGCCUUUUCUAUAUCAUGCUACUUGCGUAAUACUAUUACUGCC